CAAAGUCACUGUUGAUUGUCACUGUCACACGCGUAAGCACAUGUUUGAUAUAAUUGUAUUUCGUUUACUAAUUUUCUCAUCCUUUUCGUAUUUUACUCUGAAUUAAAUAUGAAAAUCAAAAAGCAACAUCGUAAAAAGAAAUAUCUCCAUAAAUUAAACCGAAAACGAAUGCACAGGAAACAAACUAAUACGGGUGAUGUACAAUGUAAAGUAAUUAAAGAUGCUUGGGAUCAUAAGAAGUCUUCAUUUAGAAAUCUUCGUGAAAUGGGUCUCACAACAGACCCAAAUAAAACAAUAAAGAUUCCUAAUUUUAAACAAGAACAAGUUAAAAAAGCUAAGACCAUAAUGAAGGAUGAUGAAAUUGAUAUGGACGAAGAGGAAGUCAAAGUUCGAAUACCAAGGAAAGUACAUGUCGUUGAAGAAUUGGAGAAGGAGUCAAAAGCUCCAAGGGAAAGGAAAUUUAUGUUACCAAAGGGACAAGUAGAAUUUAUAACAUAUUUAUUAGAUAAAUAUGGUCAUGAUUACAAGGCAAUGGAGAGAGAUAAAAAGAAUUAUUAUCAAGAAACGUGGAAACAGUUAAGAGCUAAAAUCAAAACAUUCAUGGGUAUACCCAAACAAUAUGGAGAAUAUUUAAAAGCUAGAGGUUUGCUUGAUAAGGAAGAAGAUGAGGAUGAAAUUAAAAGACAAGUGAAAGCCCUGGUAAUGGAUGAUUAGAUAAAAUUUAAUGACUAUUAAAUUUAAGUGAAGAUAUUUUGUGUACAUUUAAUUGGAAUUAUAUGAAGUAGUAAUUUCAUUGCAUCUUUAUCCAGCAGGAUCCUUUGUUUUUUAAAGAUUUGGUUCUUAUUAUAUUUAUUACAAGUAUUGAAAUAGGAAAAAUAACAUUAUUUUUUUAACAUAAAAAAUAACAUUACCUCUGUCAUAUUUUUAUAACUAAUGUGUAUUAAAGUAUUAAAUAAAAAAAAAAAAAUAUUUUAACAAUUAUGCAAGCAUAAAAUUUAAAUGAAAUAAUAGAUGUAAGGAUAAAAGUUGUUCUAUUAUUGUUUGCCUAUUUUGUAAAGAUAAGCUCUAAUACAAUAUUAAAGUUGAUAUAGUAAAAAAUAAAAUAUAAAGUGAUACAAAUAGCCUCAGUUAUGAAAUUGUAAUGGAAGAACUGGUUAUUGCAUCUAUUAUAUUGAUGUAAGGUCCUGCUAUUUAGAGCAUAAUUUUUAAUUUUAACAUUGUAAAUAAACUAUUUUGAUAUAUAA